AGAUUUGAAGCAAAGUUGGGUCAGGGUUGGCCCUUUGAUUAUGAAGUAGUGUAUUCUUACUAUAUGAACACUGUUGGGAGUCGGAACAUGUUCUCUUUUAUAAGGCUAAUACACUGCUGGGUCAGGGUCUGUGAUGUAAUGGCCAGGCCGAGGGUGCUGUUGUUGCAGGAUACAACGAGGACCUCAACUUUCUAACAAUUCAUGGCAGAAGUAGAUUCCGCGGUCCAAAUAUUUGGCUAAGAAUGUGCAAAAGAUGGAAUUGAAGGUUCUAUAUAAUGACUUCUCAUUCAGACAUGAAAGCAGGUUUGGUGGAGCAAGGCAAGAGCCAGACUUGUGCUAGCACUUUCUUCUCGUCACUGAUUCAGCUAAUACCCUGCAGGGCAGCAGUUGUGCCGUUUAGCACCAUUCCUCCGAGUCCAGCUUGCUGCAAUGCCAUCAGAACUCUAGGCCAGCCUUGCUUGUGUGUCCUUGUCAACGGCCCUCCUGUCACUGGUGUUGAUCGGAAUAUGGCAAUGCAGCUCCCUGACAAGUGCGCUGUUAACUUCGAAUCAUGUGGUGUUGGGAAGUAGAACUACUAGUCAGUGCCUGUAGAUCUAAAAACUUAUCAAUAAAGAGUGUGCUAGCUAAGAGCUAUAGAGAGAGCCUUUCCGUUGUAUGAUGCGAUUUCCUAUGGUGCUAAUAAUAAGUGGAAACAUUGAAAUUUAUGUACCAAAUCCUGUUAAUUUGGGCUUCUGUUAUUGGAGUUGUUUUUGCUUUCUAUGUAAGCUUGAUUGUCUCUACGAUAAUAUAUAAUCAGUGGCUUUUCUAUGUCAAA